AACGCUGUUUGCCUUCUUAGGCACUACAUAUACCACACGUAGCACAAAAGAGGCGGGACCCUUCGGAGGUACCUGGAGACGUUCGUUCAUCGGGAGGAUGCUUGUUGACUGUACCAGUUAUGACUGAGAAGAUGCACUUGCGGAGGCGAGGAGGACCGUACAAGACGGAGCCGGCUACGGACCUGAGGCGCUGGAGGCUUUCUAACGUCGAGGGCAGGCAGACCUGGUCAUACCUGGAGCAUGUGGAUGCCUCAGAAAGGGAGCAGACCAUGCUAGAGGCCCAUUCUUUAGGCUUGGACACGAGCAAGUUUGUGCACGACUCCCCAGCCGCCCGCACGGCCGUGGAUGCCGCCCUGAAAGGUAUGAACUUCUACAGCCACCUCCAAGCCGAGGACGGCCACUGGGCGGGGGACUACGGAGGACCACUCUUCCUGCUGCCCGGUCUACUGAUCACUUGCCAUAUUGCUAAGAUCCAUCUGGAGCAGAGCUGGAAAAAAGAGAUGGUGCGAUACCUGCGCUCUGUUCAGCUGCCAGAUGGAGGCUGGGGCCUACAUAUCGAGGACAAGUCCACGGUGUUUGGCACGGCUUUGAGUUACACCUCGCUACGGAUUCUGGGUGUCGAUCCGGAUGAUCCCGACUUGGUUCGGGCGAGGAACAACCUGCAUAGCAAAGGCGGUGCGGCGGGCAUCCCAUCCUGGGGUAAAUUCUGGUUGGCCAUUUUGAACGUCUAUGACUGGGAAGGAAUGAACACGCUCCUACCCGAGAUGUGGCUGUUCCCCAGCUGGCUGCCGGCCCACCCGUCCACGCUGUGGUGCCACUGUCGGCAGGUCUACCUCCCAAUGAGCUACUGUUACGCUGUGAGACUGGCGGCCGACGAGGACGCCCUGGUCCUUGGCCUCAGACAGGAGCUUUAUGUCCAAGACUACGCCAGCAUCGACUGGCCAGCUCAGCGCAACAAUGUGGCGGCGUGUGACUUGUACACUCCACACAGCAAACUGCUGUCUGCAGCCUACACCAUGCUCAAUGUGUACGAGGCCCACCACAGCGCCACGCUGAGAGGAAUGGCCGUCAAAGAACUGUACCAGCACAUCCAGGCCGACGACCUCUUCACCAAAUGUAUCAGCAUUGGCCCGAUCUCCAAGACAAUCAACAUGCUGGUCCGCUGGUACGUAGACGGCCCCUCGUCUGCAGUCUUCCAGGAGCACGUGUCCAGAAUCGCCGACUACCUCUGGCUGGGACUGGAUGGUAUGAAAAUGCAGGGCACCAACGGGUCUCAGCUCUGGGAUACUUGCUUUGCCGUUCAGGCUUUCCUUGAGGCGGGAGCCCAGGACAACCCCCAGCUCGCCGAGUGUCUCCGACGCGCCCGGCACUUUCUGACAAUCACACAGAUCCCAGAUAAUCCUCCCGAUUACCAAAAGUACUACCGUCAAAUGAACAAGGGAGGCUUCCCCUUCAGCACGCGCGACUGCGGCUGGAUCGUGGCCGACUGCACGGCGGAGGGCCUCAAGUCGCUGAUGCUGCUGCAGGAGGCGCGCCCCUCCGUCGGCGAGCCCGUCGCGCCUCAGCGCCUCUACGACGCCAUCAACGUGUUGCUGAGCAUGAGAAACUCUGACGGCGGCUUUGCCACGUAUGAAACAAAGAGAGGGGGGAAACUUCUCGAGCUGCUGAACCCCUCCGAGGUUUUCGGUGACAUCAUGAUCGAUUACACCUAUGUGGAAUGUACGUCAGCGGUGAUGCAGGCUCUGGGCCAUUUCCACAAGGUGCAUCCUGAACACCGCGCCGAGGAAAUCAGGAAGAGCCUGGAAGAUGGGCUGGAGUACUGUCGCAGGACGCAGAGGCCCGACGGAUCGUGGGAAGGGUCCUGGGGCGUGUGCUUCACCUACGGGACCUGGUUUGGCUUAGAAGCCUUCGCCUGUAUGGGACACCAUUAUCAGAGGAACGGCUGCGCGGAGGUACGCCACGCCUGCCGCUUCCUUCUGGAUCGGCAGAUGGCGGACGGCGGCUGGGGGGAGGACUUUGAGUCGUGCGAGCAACGGCGCUACGUCCAGAGCGGCUCGGCGCAGAUCCACAACACCUGCUGGGCUCUGUUGGGCCUCAUGGCGGUCAGGCACCCUGACCGGCGGGCCAUCGAGCGAGGUGUCAAGCUGCUGCUGGACAAGCAGCUGCCCAACGGAGACUGGCCUCAGGAGAAUAUCUCGGGCGUGUUCAACAAAAGCUGCGCCAUCAGCUACACCUCCUACAGGAACGUCUUCCCCAUUUGGACCCUGGGCCGCUUCGCCUCUCUCAACCCCGGCAGUUCUCUGAGCGGCAAGGUCAAGCUGUGAACGCGUCAAAACGGAAGAGCCGGUACAUUUCAACUGUGUCUCUCCGCAUUGCCUUGAGACUUUUUUUCGUGAGCAGGAAAUGGCUUGUUUACAAGCAGCAGAGUGGCAAACCAUUCAUUUGAGAAAAUGCUCGAGCAGUAAAAGAACAAUGUUUGUGCCUUAAAACUAUUCUGACAACUACGUUUUGUCCAGAAAGUGAAUUAUUAGCCGUGUGUGUGUGCGUGUGUUCCACUUGCUGGCUCCGAGGUGGACAUUUCAGUCACGUAACAAUCACGAAGGAAUAUUCCUCCGUCCAAUUGUUCAAGUUUUGACUCACACUGACACGCCCAAAGUUUUCCAUUCAAGCGCAGCUCGGGUUUUGCUUUGGCCGCUUGGUUGGUUUAAAGGCGAGUUUUAAAAUGUUUGGGCCCAAUCAAGGUGAACAAUCUCCACUUUGUGGUGACAGCUAACAGAUCUGUGAUGAGGAUAACACUCGAGGCUGGUUCAUCCUGUUCUGACGUGACGCUUUGAUUCGUUAUGAUGUUCAUGGGUCAUUUUCGAUUGUUCCGAAAUGUCAGAAUGAAAACAAAUCCCAAUAAAUAUGAAAAGCUAGUUGAAACUCAAUUGUGAGUCACGGUAUGUUGUCCUCCUUCGAGCAAAGCAAGUCACUUUUCCAAGUCUGCACUCGUGCAUCCUCGUGGUGGUGGUGGUGGUGGUGGUGGUGAUGAUGUGACUGGCCGGCCACAUCACAGGACAGUUCCCAGACACGUUUGUGGUCUUGUCAAUCCAAAAGGAUGUUUCCAAACCGAAAUGGCCCAAAUCCCCCUUAAAUGUCCAAUUUUUCGUCAACGCCCAAUGUUGUCUUGACACUUGCAUGGCAUUGUUUGUGGUGCACAAUAUAUUUGUAUGCCCAAGCAAGCGCAUGCAUUCUUCUUUCUUCCUUCAAUUGUUGUCCUUGAACAUUCUUCACGCGCGCCGAUGCAAAGAGUGUGGAGACGGCACUUUGUGUCUGCAUGUACAUUGUCCGGAUAGUUGAGAUUCACCAGAUUGUCAAACAAACAACACUUUUGUCCUCACCUAACCACGUAUCACACACACCCCCCCUCCCACAAUGAGGGUGUGCCAGCAGGUAAAUAAAUGUGCACGGACCCACACCGAGAAGAUAUCCGCAUUGAGCGCAAACGGUAAGUGUGUGGAUUUCUUCACAUGGACACUUCUUCUGUGUUGUCUUGAAUCGUUUUGCUAUCAUUUCAGGCGUCGAUGCAUCACAACAAGCAAGGACGCUGUGGUGGUGGGCAUGGCCACGGGCAUGGCCACGGGCAUGGCCACGGGCAUGGCCACGGACAUGGCCACGGACAUGGCCACGGCCACGGGCACGGAUGCGACCGAGAGCCCGGAUGUAAAAAGUGUCGCAGGCGGCGGCACAGGAGAGGACACAAGCAUCGCCGCUGUCACAAGAAAGGGAAGGAGUGUCACGGGUCCUCCAGCAGCUCCUGCAGCAGCAGCAGCAGCAGCAGCAGCGACUCCGAUUAGAAGAAGAAGGAGCAAGCUGGAAGGCCUCCCAGUAUCCGCUUUGCACAAUGGUUGGAUUGAAAACAUUUUGUGCUUGAUGUAACAAAGUGCAUUUUCAAAUAAAAUCACAAAUGAA